CCUGUCCUUAAGCGUGUUCUAUUCGCUGAACUUAAUAAAUAAGCUCGCGCGCAUAUCGCGAACUGCGUUCGACAUGUCUACAUUAAGUACAGUGCGUGUUUAUUAAUAAUAUAUUUGACGGCGUGUGUAGUAUUUUUAAAAUGGAUUUAAAUCAUACCACCAUGGAUGAUUGGGACAUUAACACUACCAAUCAAAUGACCCAGGAGUAUUUAGAUGCCAAAGAUACCAGUGAUACGGCAGAAAUGAUGUAUUCUUUAAAUCUUGUAGUGCCUUUUACUAUUAUUUACGGUAUUAUUUUUGUAUCUGGUGUGUUAGGUAACGUUAGUACGUGUGUAGUGAUAGCCAAAAACAAAUCUAUGCAAACUGCGACAAAUUAUUAUUUGUUCAGUUUAGCUUUAUCGGAUAUGUUACUCUUAGUUAGUGGAUUACCUCCUGAAAUGUACAAGAUUUGGUCUCCGCAGAAUUACGUUUUUGGUGAAACUUUUUGUUUUCUGCAGGGGUUUGCAGCUGAAAUGUCAGCCAAUGCAACAGUUCUUACAAUCACAGCUUUUACUGUAGAGAGAUAUUUAGCUAUAUGCCAUCCUUUUUUAACGCAUACGAUGUCGAAGCUAUCCAGAGCUAUUCGCUACAUCAUCGCUAUAUGGUUAAUAGCUUUGGGUCUUGCAGUUCCACAGGCUAUCCAGUUCGGAAUUUUAUUCGAAGUCGAACAUGGUAGAAGAAAUAGUUACUGUCAAGUUGUAACAACCGUUUUCGAUCACGCCUUUGAAAUUUCCACUUUUGUAUUUUUUGUUGCACCCAUGACUUUAAUCACUAUAUUGUAUAUUCUUAUUGGGAUUCAGUUAAGAAAAUCCAAAAAUAUCGCUGGAAGGUAUGGCGGAUCUCUUACAACAAAUGAUUCUAGAAGAGGGCGAUUGUUAAGAACAACGGUAGCCCAAAAUAGAGUCGUCAAAAUGCUGAUUGCUGUAGUUGCAGCAUUUUUUAUUUGCUGGGCUCCAUUCCAUACUCAACGACUAUUGGCUGUCUACAUGUCAAAUGCUUCCCAUGAAGUUCAGAAACAAGAAAUUCUUAUAAAGAUUUAUACUUUUUUGAUGUACGCAUCUGGACUACUGUAUUUUUUGUCAACCACCAUAAACCCCUUGCUGUACCACAUUUUAUCAAACAAAUUCCGAAAAGCAUACAGGAAUACUUUUUCUGGUAUAUUCUGUUCUCCAAGGAAAAAAAAUAACACCCACAGUUACACAGCCAUUACCAGAAUUCCACCAAGCAGUAGACACUUUCAAAGAUCAAUAUCCGAUGGUAUUGUCCCUGGCCACGAACGCCAAUUAACUAGAAAAACAUCUGAAAAUAUAGUUGUACCUAAAAAUGCUUCUAUAAAAUCAAUGAAAAUCGAAACUUUAGCAGAAAGUAGAAGUAGCAGUUGCGGGUUCUCAAUCACCAAUAACGACUCUGAGUUAAUGAGAAGUAAUAAUUGUAAAAUCAAAAAUGGUACGCCAAGUGUAAGCAGAGAGGGCAGUUAUUUUAGUCAGAUAGGCAAACAGAUGAUGCAGUUUCUUCAAAUUGGCGGUUCCGGAAGUGCAAAGAUAGACAACGAUAAUAAUACCAUAAGUAAUUCAAGUUUAAAGGAUAUGGAUGAGGUAGAUUUUAACAGUGAGGAUCUAGUAAACUACAUGAAUGAAAUUAAUAGGGGCAUUCAUAAAUAACUAAGUUCAACAUAAGCCUUAUAAAUGACGGGACUUCGGUAAAUAGAUUAAAAUAUUAAAUAAAAUUUAAUAGUUUGGCUAUUUUUAAAUAUUUUAAAAUAUGAAUCAAACAAUGUGAAUUUUUUUUUCUAACUAUGUUUUGUAUUAAAAUUUCCAACAUUAAAAAAUAAUAAUGACAAUGAAAAUUGUUUUAUAAAUCUG